CACGGAGGCGGCGGCGGUGAUGGUGAUGGUGGGGGGGUGGCUGGGGGAGACCACUGUGGCAGGGGAGAGGGAGAGGAGAGGCAGGGAGGGAGGGAGGCUGGUGAAGCCGCGGAUAUUCAUGAAGACGCCAAGUGUUUUUUCUCUCGCCGUGGUGACACACUGCUAGUCUGCAGAGAGACGGAGGGAGCUGGGAGGAGAGAAGGAGAAGGAGACGAGUGAAAGCAACACAAGGCCCAGCCCAUCUUGCCAUUGAUCUUGAGGCGAUCAAGGGGAAUCUACGCCGAAGAGGACCCACUGAGACACAUUCAAGGAUGGAUCCCGGCAUAUCAAACCUGGAAUUUUGACAUCUGGAGUUCUCGGAUGAGCCAAUCAUUUUUCAACACUUCUCCCUAUGCAGGAUUUGGAUCCGACUGACCGAUCAGACGGCGGAAAACUGAUCUGAGACAAGACUUCCAGAAGCUGAAUCUGGAUUAUUGAUUGUUGCAUUCAUGUGGGAUCAGGUUUACAACUGGGAAAUGUCAUGCGAACAAUACUCCAAGUUGGAUAAACAUUUUAGAAAACUUGGGAAGAGGUUUUCUUCGGCAGUGACAUCAUGAACUCCGACCCGGAUAUCCUAUUGGCUUGUCUGGCCAAAGCGAGACAACAUGCCGGCGGACUUAUUUUUUCCCAGAAACUCGUAGCUUACACUAAAAUGGAGUGAUUCAAUUAGAUUCUUCUUUUCUUCCACCUUGUUGAAAAACAACAACAGAUCAAGACAAAGGACGUCCACCUCAGACUGAACCUGGAGCCUCUGAGGGGCGCUUAAAUGCACCUUUAGCAUUUAACAGCAGGUCGGACGCCCGGUUUCAGCCAUCUGAACACGGAGGUGUGGACAGAGGCGGUUGGCUGGCUUAGUCAGCUCCGAUGGGGGCCGGUUGUGACCCGGUCUGACCCCGGUUUGACCUUGCAGUGACCUUUGACCUCUCCGGUCCUGGCUCUCCACCUGCUCUGCUGCCUGGGUUCCGGAACGCUCCGCCCUGGGGCCCAGAACGAGCCAAUCAGGAUGAAGAAGAGCCGCAGCGUGCUGUCUGUGACUGGAGAAGAGGGUAAGGACACAGAUAUAACAGGUGCUGUGGAGAAGGCGGAGUCAUCUCGCUACAGCCGAUCUUAUACGUCCGGGGCCACACUGGGGGCUGAGCUACGCAGAGGGAGGAGCAGACGACUCUCGUCUAGUCUCCAGGUACCCUGCUGGCUCCGCCCUCGAGACCGCACUCGUUCACCAGAGGUCCUGAGCAAUGUGUCGCGUCCGACAACUCUUCCCCUCCGCAUCCCGCCACGCAUCUCCAUCACACAAGCAGACGCUGACGGUUACGAAGCAGAAAAUGGCGUAUCACCAGGUCACACCCCGCUGGGUUCGCAGAGUCCAGGCCUCACCCUUCACACCCCCUUUCCCCAGGGUCAGAGAAGAGAGUCCUUCCUCUACCGCUCUGACUCGGACUACGACAUGUCGCCCAAGACGGUCUCACGUAACUCCUCCCUCGCCAGCGAAGGGCACACAGGAGAGGACUUCAUUGUCACGCCUUUUGCUCAAGUAUUGGCCAGUCUGCGAUCAGUACGGAGCAACUUCACCAUUCUUGCCAACGUCUCCACACCGCAAGUAAAGAGGUCUCCUCUGGGUGGAGUGUGCGUCAGUCCCAGGGCGUCACUAUCAGACCUGGAGUACCAGCAGCUCGCCCUGGACACACUGGAGGAGCUGGACUGGUGUUUGGACCAGCUGGAGACCAUUCAGACACACCGCUCUGUCAGCGAAAUGGCCUCCAACAAGUUUAAGAGGAUGCUGAACAGAGAGCUGUCCCACCUGUCAGAGAUGAGUCGCUCUGGUAACCAGGUGUCUGAAUACAUCUCCAGCACCUUCAUGGACAAGCAGAACGAACCGGAAAUCCCGUCUCCUACCCUGAAAGACAAACCUAUGAGUCACAUCCCCGGAGUGAGGAAACUCUCUCACAGCUCCAGCCUCUCCAGCUCUUCAAUGCCUCGCUUCGGUGUCAACACGGACCACGAGGAUGAGCUCGCCAAGGAGUUGGACGAUCUGGACAAGUGGUGUUUUAACAUAUUCAGAGUAGCAGAAUUCUCCAACAACAGACCUCUCAGCUGCGUCAUGUAUACCAUCUUCCAGGAACGAGAGCUGUUGAAGACGUUUCGUAUCCCAGUCGACACCUUUGUCACGUAUGUGAUGACUCUGGAAGACCAUUAUCAUGGAAAUGUAGCAUACCACAACAGCCUCCAUGCAGCAGAUGUCACCCAGUCCACACAUGUCCUCCUGUCCACACCUGCUCUUGAUGCCGUCUUCACUGACCUGGAGGUCCUCGCCGCUCUGUUCGCUGCAGCGAUCCACGAUGUAGACCACCCCGGAGUUUCUAAUCAGUUCCUCAUCAACACCAACUCGGAGCUGGCCCUCAUGUAUAACGAUGAGUCAGUUUUGGAGAACCACCACCUCGCUGUGGGCUUCAAGCUUCUGCACCAGGAAAACUGUGACAUCUUCCAGAACCUCACCAAGCGCCAGCGCCAGAGCCUUCGCAAGCUCGUCAUCGAUAUGGUGUUGGCCACAGACAUGUCCAAACACAUGACCCUACUGGCUGACCUGAAGACCAUGGUGGAGACCAAGAAGGUGACAAGCUCUGGUGUGCUGCUCCUAGACCACUACACAGAACGGCUUCAGGUGCUAAGGAACAUGGUGCACUGUGCAGACCUGAGCAACCCCACCAAGACGUUACCGUUAUACAGGCAGUGGACGGAGAGAAUCAUGGAGGAGUUCUUUCGACAGGGUGACAAAGAGCGAGAGAGAGGGAUGGAGAUCAGCGCCAUGUGUGACAAACACACCGCCUCCGUGGAGAAGAGUCAGGUUGGUUUCAUUGACUACAUCGUCCACCCGCUGUGGGAGACGUGGGCUGACCUGGUGCACCCAGACGCCCAGGAGCUGCUGGACACGCUGGAGGAGAAUAGGGAGUGGUAUCUGAACACCAUGCCCCAGUCUCCUUCACCUCCUCCGGACAGACACCUACAGCAUGACCGCUUCCAGUUCGAACUCACCCUGGAGGACCUGGAGCACAACAACCACAACCACAUACACCUGAGGAACAACGGCGGCGAAGACGGAACGCAGGACGAUGUAGAAACUGAGAAAGAAGACGAGCAGAAUCACAACAGCGAACACAACGGAGUCCGGGAGGAAGAGGAGGAGGAGGAGACUGGAGAAGAAGAAGAGAAAGAGGUGAAGGAGACCGCAGAGGAGGAGGAGGAGGAGGAGGAGACUGGAGAAGAAGAAGAGGAAGAGGUGAAGGAGACUGCAGAGGAGGAGGAGGAACAUGGAGAAGAUGAAGUAGAAGAAGACGGAGGGCAGACGGAUGCAGCGGAGGAUGAGGAGACUAAAGAAGAAGAGAGAGAUAAUGAGCUACAUCAGGAAGAGGAGGAAGGAGAAGGCAAGGAAACUUUGGAAAAGGAAGAAACAGAAGAGGAGUUAAAGGGAGAAAAAGAAGGUGAGGGGGAAGAGGAAAUAGAAAAUGAGGAGGAAAAAGAGGAGGAUGAGAUGGAGGAGGAGGAGGAGGAAGAAGAGGAGGCAGCAGAGAUGGAGGAAAGUGUAGAACAAGAGGAGGGCGAGAAAGUGGAGGAAGAGGAAGAGGUAGAAAUGGAAGACAAAGUUGAGGAAGAGGUCGGCGAAACAGAAGAUGUCGAAGAGGAGAAAGGAGAGUUGGAAGAAGCAGAAGAAGAGGAGGAGGAGGAGGAGCCAGUUGAGGAUGAAGAAGAAGAAGAGGAAAGUUAGUUGGGUGUAAAAACAUAAAUGAACAGGGACAGUGAAGAAAGGUUAACGAGAGAUGAAGAAGUACGUAAAUGGAGCCUGAAGGGCUUUGACAGUUAGCAGUAAGAGCUGAAGACGCACUUCUCUCCAGAUAACGUGCUCCGACUACUUCAUGUGACGCUCUCAGCUCCAGUCUCAACUGCAGACGUCUUAAACAAACUUCACAGCUCACAGACGGACAGCACAGCACCGGAGCAUACGCCUUCCCGAACAGCCAGAUUGUUGCAGCGUCUUGAUCAACUGGUAGUGAUAGAAAGACUUGACGUCUUCAUCACCGAGUAUCUGUACAUCCAUCACUGCCGUAGGGAAUAAAAUGGGGGAUAAUAAAAGGGGGGAACCUGUUUUAUCGACCUUUUGUAGCUCCUAAAAAAAACUGAAAUGCGUACAUGCAAAUAAGUGCGAUCUCAUGGACUACUACCCGUCAUCUCUCUGUCACUGUCUCGUUUAUGAGGAAGAUACCAACUACCACACACACACCGACCAACAACUGUUAAAAGAAUGUCAACUUCCUCGGUUUGUCAGAAAAAGAGAAAAAAACAAAGUCUGCAAAGUGUCUGUCGUCUUAUAUUUACUACAAAAACUUUCCACUUGUGAACAAGAUGCUGAGAAUAACUUUGGGCUCUGGUCUAGGAACAGUUUAACCUCACAUACUAACCUUAAAGCAACAGUGCUGGUUUUCUCAAUAAUAUCUGGACCGUUCUGUCAAGGCGGAAACAUAUGCAGUCCAGUUCAAAAAGCUGACCUGUUGUACGUGUCGAUGUCGGUUCAUGUUUAAAAGAAAAAACACCCAGUAUUCAUCCCAUCACGACAGUUUCUCCACUACCAGACUGUGAGUUUGAUUCCCGGGUGAAUCGUGCCAAACUGACCCACGACCAGCAUUGAGCAAUUCAGCCUUCCUCCAAACAAGGUGGCUACUCGUCCGUGAAGCAAUGAACUGUGGGACCAGGGUACACGGGUGUGACGGUCUUCCACAAAUCCCUUUUUUCUUUGUUUUGUUUUUGUAAAAAUGGUAUUUGGCACUUUAUCUAACACCCCUGUUACAUAUAUGUACAUAAUAAACAUGUAUUUUAAUCUGCUGAUGUCAUAUAAUAAAUAUGAUCAAUGAA